GUCUCUCUCUCUCUCUCUCUCUCUCUCUCUCUCUCUCUCUCUCUCUCUCUCUCGCGUCAGAAAAGUCAAAGCCAGCCUGCUUGAAGGUCCAAUCUUUAAUCUGGUUUCUCCCAAGGAAGGCGGUUUCGAGUUGAUCUCCUCAAAGGGUUCGUUCUCCAGUUGGAGAUGGCGACGGAGAAUUCCAGCUCUGACUUCCCAUUGUGGAGCAACUUUUACAUUCCUAGUUACAUACUUUUACCCGGUUCGAAGGUUGAGCCCGUGGCGCGUAUUCCUGUAUGCCCGGUGUUAGUAUUCAUCAACUCGAAAAGUGGCGGUCAGCUCGGUGGGAACCUUCUCGUCACGUAUCGUGCCCUUCUAAAUAAACAUCAGGUUUUUGAUCUGGGCGAAGAACCCCCUGACAAGGUUUUGAAUAGAAUUUAUAUGAACCUGGAAAAACUGAAGCUGGAAGGAAAUGAGGGCGCGGCAAAGAUCCAAGAGACGCUGAAAAUCAUUGUUGCAGGUGGCGAUGGAACGGCUGGUUGGCUUCUUGGAGUCGUGUCGGAUCUAAAAUUACCUCACCCACCUGCGAUUGCCACAGUCCCCCUUGGAACUGGAAAUAACCUACCCUUUGCAUUUGGUUGGGGUAAGAAGAAUCCUGGGACUGAUCGUCCAUCUGUAGAGGCAUUCCUGGAAAAGGUGAUGAAGGCGGAGGAAAUGAAGAUAGACAGCUGGCAUAUUCUCAUGAGGAUGAGAGCUCCGCAUGAAGGAUCUUAUGACCCUAUCGCACCCCUUGAGUUACCUCAUUCUCUGCAUGCAUUUGGCCGUAUUUCUACAUCAGAUGAACUGAACAUGGAAGGUUGCCAUACAUUUCGUGGGGGAUUCUGGAACUACUUUAGCAUGGGAAUGGAUGCCCAAGUCUCAUAUGCAUUUCAUUCAGAAAGGAAGUCACAUCCUGGAAAAUUUAAAAACCAGCUGGUUAAUCAGAGUACUUAUAUGAAGCUUGUGGGAACGCAAGGAGGGUUUUUCGCUUCACCGUUUCAAUCCAAUUCUAAGAACAUAGCUCAGCUAGCAAAGGUGAAGAUAAUGAAGCAGGAAGGUCAAUGGCAAGACCUCCACAUACCUCACAGCAUAAGGUCAAUCAUAUGCCUCAACUUGCCGAGCUUUUCUGGUGGAUUAAACCCUUGGGGAAGACCACGUAGAACUAACGGGGACUUCACUCCACCAUAUGUAGAUGAUGGCCUCAUCGAGGUAGUCGGCUUCAGAGAUGCCUGGCACGGGCUUUUGCUACUUGCCCCAAAAGGCCAUGGGACUCGUCUUGCUCAGGCGCACAGAAUCCGCUUCGAGUUUCACAAGGGAGCAGCUGAUCACACCUACAUGAGGAUUGAUGGGGAGCCCUGGAAGCAGCCACUGCCAACCGACGACGACACCGUGGUUGUGGAAAUUUCUCACCUCCACCAGGUCAAAGUGCUCGCCACUCAUGACUGUAAGUCAAGAAGCGUCCAUCGUCCGCUGGCCACUGGCGAUCACGACACCCAGGAAGACGAUAUUCCUGAAGAAGAAGAAUCCAUACCAGAAGGGGAGGAGUGGAGGAAGUUUGGUGCAGCUGACACUUUCAAAAUCCCAGAUGAAGUUGAUAUCGCUCGUUUUAGCUAAACCAUCUUGAUAUGGACCACUAAUUCUCAUUCUUACACGCUAUAUGAAUAAGGGUUCCAUAAACUAGUUUACUUUACAGUUGCAUUUGCUAUCUUGUGUCA